GAGUGUGUGUGUUUGGAGGGCCGUGGUUGUUCCAGGAAGCAGUAGAGAGGAUCAAUAGAUCGCCCACUCAGCUUUCAUUCCCUCCGUCUGACUCAACAUUGGACAUGUUGGGAGUUAUCCUGCAGGGCUUGGUUAACAAGGGGCAUGGUAAAAAUUUGUCUCUCUUUUACCUCUUUCCUCCCUUGCUGCGUCAGCCUAAAGGGGGAAGCAUGGUUUUGCAUGUGUGUAUGUGUGUUUCUACGUGUGUGUGCUGUGUAAGGCAAACUCCCGCCCCACUGCAUGUAAAUUAUGUGUGACAUGUGAAGCUGCUGCUACCUUAUAUGGUGAGCACAGUAUUUCAGUACAGUAGAAUCUUGCCAAGCAUUCCGGGUCGCGGGAGGAGAGAGUGUGUGAGAGGGCGACUCUGUCUGUGGGAGUGUGUGUGUGUGUGUGUGUGUGUGUGUGUGACUGAGUGUUUGCAUGCGUCUGACAGAGGGGGAGUAACUGAGAGAGAGGAAGAAAGUUGAAGAGAGAAGGAAAGAGGGGCAAGAACGAGAGAGAGAGGCAGGAGAAGACCCAGUAAAUGGAGGGAUUUUACUUCUUGAUGUUUAAACUGGAGUAAAAAGGAAGUGCCUUCCCUGAUGUCUGCUGCAGCUUUGACCUGCUUCUACAGCUGAAGCUCCACCCUCGCCCCCUCCCACCCCCCACCCGCCCGCCUCGCUCGCUUGCUGCCACAGUAACACGAGUACAAGGACAGCAACAACCACACCCUCCUUCGCAGCCUGUGCCCCAACCUGCUCGUCCAUCCACCAUCACCGCCAUCCACUCCUUCGCAGCAGGGCCCCAGCCUCAGCUCUCCUCACCAGACGGCCCCCGCUGCCAACUGCUCUCCACCAGCUGACCAGCCUUACCACAGCAGCCCAACACACCACCAGGCCCAAGCAGCACAUCUCACCCACCUUGCCUUUAACCUUCGCCUUCAACCCUCUAAGCCUCCACUCGGUCCUCAGUGUCCUUAACCUUCCUUGUAGCAGGCUACACCCAGACUGUCACCUCCGUUGCCUGCUUCACUGCACCUAACCGGAGGGCUCUCGGUUUGGCCUGUCCAUCUGUUUGCCACCUUGGGUUGUGAAUGCUGUAGAUGUGACCGUUCGGCGAGCAAUAAACAGUGAGAGAGAAAAGUCAAGUCGAGAGUGGCAACUUAAUUGUUAGGCUAAGUCAUCUCCUGGAUAUAAUCACUUUGUCAGUGGUUGUUUGAUCAGGAAAAUGAUCCAAUAACAGCUCCAGCGAAACACUGCGCUCUAACAUUUCACUUUGGACAAGGAGCCGUCUCAAUCAAUAGGAGCUUUUCUUUUUGAAUGUUUCAUUUCAACUUCACACUCAAGCAUCACAGACUUUAACCGCACCAACAAAUAAAAAAAAAGACCGAAAAGUUGUGGAUUAAAACACUAGAGGUACUUUAUUCAGGCUUACACAGAUCUCAGCUCGGAAUACAUUUUUUGCCAGCGUGUUGCCAUGGCGAUGAACAUAGCACAUAUCCGCGACACAAAGUGGCUGACACUGGAGGUAUGUAGGGAGUUCCAGAGGGGCACGUGCUCACGCUCCGACCAGGAGUGCAAGUUCGCUCAUCCGGCCAAGAGCUGUCAGGUGGACAACGGACGGGUCAUCGCUUGCUUCGACUCGCUCAAGGGCCGUUGUUCCAGAGAGAACUGCAAGUAUCUGCACCCUCCUCCCCACCUAAAGACCCAGCUGGAGAUCAAUGGCAGGAACAACCUGAUCCAGCAGAAGAACAUGGCCAUGCUGGCCCAGCAGAUGCAGCUCGCGAACGCCAUGAUGCCCGGCACGCAGCUACCACCUAUGGUGAGAGGACACACACGUAUGAACACACCACAGCUACUGCCCACGCCCAUGUUCUCGGUGACGCCAGGCCUGGCCACCAACGCCAGCGCAGCAGCAGCAGUUGCAGCCGCGGCCUUUAAUCCCUACCUGAGCCCCGUGUCGCCAGGCCUGAUGCCCCCAGAGAUCCUGCAGAGCACCCCUGUCCUCAUGGCCUCCAACCCCACCGUCAGCCAAGUCCCCAACGCUGCCGCUGCUGCAGCCCAGAAACUGCUGAGAACAGACAGACUUGAGGUGUGUCGGGAGUAUCAGAGGGGCAACUGCUCCCGGGGGGAGAAUGACUGUCGCUUUGCCCACCCUGCAGACAGCACCAUGAUCGACACCAACGACAACACCGUCACCGUGUGCAUGGACUACAUCAAGGGUCGCUGCUCCCGGGAAAAGUGCAAGUACUUCCACCCGCCGGCCCACCUGCAGGCCAAAAUUAAGGCUGCCCAGCACCAGGUGAACCAGGCCACAGCCGCCGCGGCCAUGACUCAGUCGGCUGUCAAAUCACUGAAGCGACCCCUCGACGCAACCUUUGACCUGGGCAUCGCCCCUAGUGUCAUGGCUCCCCUGCCAAAGCGGGCAGCCCUGGAGAAGGCCAACGGGGCCUCUGCCGUGUUUAACACCGGCAUGCUCCAGUACCAACAGGCCCUGGCCAACAUGCAGUUUCAGCAGCAGGCUGCUUUCCUCCCAUCAGGCUCAAUAUUGUGCAUGACACCUGCAGCCAGCGUUGUUCCCAUGAUGCACGGUGGUACUCCAGCCACUGUGUCUGCAGCCACCACAUCUGCCACAAGCGUUCCCUUCGCAACUGCCUCCACCAAUCAGGACUCUUCCUUAUCAAAGUUGACUACCAACGAAUACAUGCAAUUGAUUCCAAUAAUAUCUGCAGAUCAUCUGAAUAGUCACAAGUACUUGACUCAAAUGUAGUUCCUCUCAAGAACAAUCAAAUGAAUGUGUGCUGGCACCGUCCAAGCCAAAAGAGUUCAGCCUUUAUGUACAUAACCUUCAGAAUGUCAAGCAAUGGGACAAGGAGGGUCUGCCAUCUCUUAGCCGAUCCACGACGAUGGUCUCAUCACACGUGUAAACAUCAAAGGUGCAACACAUGAUCUGUGCCAUCUUCCCACAUAUCAACGUCAAGACUAAUUCGUUGUCAAACUCAACGUCCAGCCGAGAGAAGAGGAUAUAUCUUGGUGCCGGGGUCAGCGUGUCUCCCCACCCCACCCCGGCGGGAAACGUUCACAUUACACCUCUGUGUCCCAACUAAACCAUAGCACUCAAUUUGUUCUAAUUAUUAUCAUUACUGCACACACAGAAGGUCAAGAGCGUGGUUGCAUGAGGCAACAUCCAGUGCUGGUACGUUAGUAGACCAAGAUCUUUCUUUCCUUUUUUAUUUGUUCUGCUUUAUUUUUGUUUAAUUGAUAGCCAUAUUUCAUAGUUUACAAGUGAAAUGCGAACAUGCACCUUGAAUUUGAAUUGAAAUCUGAAAGGCACAAUGAUUUUAACAGGAAUUUUUUUUUUUUUUUUCGCCAAAAGAAUUAGGCAUGUACAGUAUUGUGUUUUUACGGCUACUAGUGAAACUAGAUGUUGAAAUGAGGGUCUUGGACAUAUGAAUGUUCUGGGUAAACCAACAUACCUGUGUACCUUGAAAGCACAGCCAGGCUAGCUUUUCUCACCUUGUCAUGUGCCAUCAAGGCCAUACAGCUAAAACCAGAGUGUUAUCUCAGCAGUGUUAUUUGUUUACCGAAGGUAAAAGUUUUGUAUGGCUCUUUUUGUAUUGUUUUGUUUUUUCAGAAUCUCAAUUGUGAGUGUUUUUUUUUUUUUUGUUUUUGUUUUUUUUACUUUAAUCUAAUUCAUCAGUUUUAGAAGUGGGGGUUUUUGCCAAUUUUUAAUUUUUUCUUUUAGAAUCAAAAAUGGAGGGUUUUUCUAAAGUUUAUCAUACCUCUUUUCAUAGACUAGUGUUGUUUUUGUUUAUUGGGAUUAAGUUGUUGUUCAAGUCCAUUGACUCUAAAGCCUGGUGAAGUAGAGAGUGUAGCUUCAAUUGACAUUACGUUACCUUGUUCCACCUCUUUUGAAGAGGAGCGACUCUAAAACUGUGUCUCCAAGAAGCACUGUUGAGCCAUGUGUUGAUGGGAAUUUCAAACAACAGACCCAAAGGUCUAUUAGGUCAUUUAAACCACAUGUGCACUUGAAUGAUUGUCUGAUCACCCUGUUUUGAUUUCACAUCCCACCUUAAGCGAACUUUCAUUUUUGAGGAAAUACAACACAUUACUUGACUUUGACUUGUAUUUCAGGCAAAAACACGAAGGUUCUCGAUCACUUGUUAUGGAAACCAAAGCACAGUUUUUUCUCUCAAUCGUAUUCACAAAGGGUUAUCGAAGCAUCUCGCAAGAGGCUUAAACAAUAAGGAAACAUGUUUAUCAUCUUUCAUUCAGUUUCAUGAUCACUUCCUUUUCUGUUUUCACAGAGGUGUGUAGUGUGUCUUUACCGAUUGUAAUGUACCUAACAAAGCCUUAGAUUACAAUUAAUGGGUCGCAGCCCAAUCAAAUGUACUUUCAAUCACCAUGCAGGUAAAGAACACCAAUGAUUUUAUAGUUCUCUCACAUGCCGCUUAUGAUCUUUUUUUUUUUUGUUCAUUCUCUCUAUGUAAAAGUAACAAUUACUCUCUUAAAUUUCAUUGAACUUAUGUGUUAUGUACUACUUAAGGAUUUUAAUCUAUUUGAGGUAUGUAGUUGUAGAUUUUUCUCUUUUUUUGCCUUACUAUAUAUUACUUGACAACAUUGAUAUAGCCGUUGUAGAUUUUGAGGUAGUAUGACAUUCAUAACUUUUUCAAACCAUAUAAAUGAUGAUGUGUUGAGUCAGUUUUAAAUAUUCACUUCAUUCAUAUAGCUGGAUGUCUUUUUUUCAGUUGAUGUUACAUUAUCACUUAAUUUUGUUGAUGAAAGACUUUUUUGAUACAAGGAAUGAGGUUGAUUAAUCUGAGUAGACAAAAAAAAAAAAAACACAAAAAACCUAAUGUUUUAACCAACUUAAAUUUUCCUUGUAACAUGUCAAGAUCAUGUUUGGAAAUAUAUUGUAUUGAGAUAUAGAUUGUCCAUGUUUUAGAGUAAAAAUUAUUUUCUACUGUAUCCAUUUCAAAAAGAUAUGUACUUUUGUUUGAAUAUUUCUUAAGUUUGCCCUGAAUGUCAGGCCAAAACGAGCAGUGAGAUUGACGGGUGUUUGGAUGUUUGGUCGAUAGUGAGAUUAGGAGUGAGAAAAGCAAACGACUCUUCCAGAAUGGAGGAGUCCAAAAUGCUGCAGAUGAUGAGUUCUAACCUAAGGGACGAAGGUUGACUUUUUGCACUUCUGUAUAUAGUCAAAUGAACAGAGAAAAAAAUGUGUAUCAUAUUGAGAUAUUAUUUUGAAUAAAAAAAAAUAUCUAUAAUUAUAAGGAAUUUUGUUAGAUUAAUUUAAAUUCUUAAAUUAGAAGACCAGCUAAAAAAUUGCUUGCAAAGAAGGGCACUAGUUUCUUGGCCAAUGCAUUCAGAGAAAGCUAUGCGCUUUUUGUCUUAUUUUAUCAGUGGCUAGUAUUGCCAGGGAAUGUUGUAAGGGGAGUAGAUAUCCCCGCGUCAUGCUAACUCCACCCCUCUCAUAGGAUGACACAUCCAAUGAUGUCCAUGUAUCAUUUGUUGGACUUGGUCAUGCAGUAUUGCAGCUCCCAUGGUACAGUUGAUACAUAAAACUAUCAAAAAAUUUGUAUUCUAUUAUAGUUUGAUUUGACUGCAUGUAAAAGUACAAACAUGUAAACAAAAGAAACAGCGUAGUUACAGUAUGUAAGGACAGAUAACAGACUACAGAAUACACAGUAAUAUGUUUUUUUUUUCUUCAAAUUACACAUACAGUAGAUAACAUCCACAGUGAGGGAGAAAUAAUACUUCAAAAACAAGUCAUCUUACUCUUGUGUGAUAAAAUAUUUUUCCAAGCAGAUAUGUUAUUUAAAGAAUGAUAAAAUAUUAGCACUCAUCCACCCCAGAUACUUUCUCAUAGCCAUAUAAUUACAGCCGACACUGACUCACGGGAAGUUGUUCCUGCUAUCAUGUCUGUGCACUCAGCAGGUGAAGGCUCACCACACCAAAUGCGUAUUUGGCAAAUUAGUCUGUGAAAUGAAUGUAACGGUCGCCGGUCAGCAUCAGCGUGUUUUCUGACUCAAGGCUGCUGUGUAGGCGCUACAGAACCAAAGCACCAUUCUCUCCAAACCAGAUGUUUGGCCUCCUGGCUGGAACCGAGGUUUCUCUUCCCUGCUGGGGGCACACGUACGCUUUGACUGCUUUUUACUUGUAAGUGCAAACCAUCAAUUAUGUAUUUGCUAACAGUUGCCACACAAUAAUGUACUAUUCUGUCUUCAGAUUUGUUUAUGCACAUUUUAUUGUUGCCAUAAUUGACUCUUGCUGUAUGGAUGAAAAAAAAAUCUGAAUAAAACAAUAUUUGAUUUGCUGAUGCAA